CGUCGCCCCGUGCCUCCACCCCGCCUGCUCCAUCCAUUCGUUGUUGUCGGGGCGGCGAUGGAGAAGCCGAGGCUCCGCUACCGGCGCCGCUAGCUAGCAGCCACCGAGCCGGGCUAAUCGCCGCGAGCCAGAGGGAGAGCGCGCGAGGGAAAACACGCGCUCCCCGCGGCCCGCCGGGGGAGAAUGGAGACGGUUGAGCAGCUCGUCUCCUUCCACCACGUUCAGGUCCAGUUGAGCGGGGGCGCGCCUUGGGGCUUCACGCUGAAAGGAGGACUCGAGCACGGGGAGCCGCUCAUCAUCACCAAGAUCGAGGAUGGAGGGAAGGCCGCCCUGUGCGCCAAGCUGAGGGUCGGCGACGAGCUGGUGAACAUCAACGGCUCGGCGCUGUACGGCAGCCGGCAGGAAGCCCUCAUCCUCAUCAAGGGGUCGUACCGCCUGCUGAAGCUCGCCGUCAGGAGGCGCAGCGUUCCCGUCCUCAGGCCUCACUCCUGGCACCUGGCGAAGCUGUCGGAGCCGCCGCUCCCCCUCCCUCCUCCUCCUCCUCCUCCUCCUCCUCAGUCCCCUCCUCCCUGCCUCCCCGCCGCCGCCGACUCCCCUCCCCUCCCCCCUCCUCCCCCCCCUCUGACUGCCAUGCAGCUCCACCCCGGCUCGUACCCACUACCCUGGCACGCAGCAGACAACAGUGACUUGUCCUUGCCGUGGGGUCAGCUGUCGCGACCGUACUCCUCCACCGACCGAAGCAGCUCCCUGGGCUCCAUGGAGAGCCUGGACGCGCCGCCGCCCGCCGCGCGGAGCUCCCCCGGCGACCCCGCCCUCUUCCACAACAAGCGGGACUCGGCCUACAGCUCCUUCUCCGCCAGCUCCAACGCCUCCGACUACGCCGCCGCGCCGCUGCGGCCCGGCGACGCCUGCUCCAUGGACAACCUCGCCGCCGCCGACGCCUCGACUCCGGCCGCCGAGGCCCCGGACCAGGCGCAGCUUGUCUCGCCCAAGUCCAGGUCCCUGACCAGGCCCAGAGCGAGGACCGCCCAGGUGAAGGAGAGGCCUUCGUCCUGCUGCUACGAGGGAGGGGACUUCCAGACGGGGGAGGAAGAUGAACCCUCCUCUGCCUCCGACCAGGACGGACAGCUUCAGGGGCGACCGGGCUUCGGGCCACACGGCGCCAGCAAGCGAUGCGUCUCGGCUUCCGUUGAAAUCGCCGGCGUUUCUUCUUACUUUGAGGAAAACAAGUCGUCCCCGGAUGCUGAAUCAGGGAUGCUGAAUGGCUUUUCCGCACCAGAGGACGGCGUCAAAGGCGGGACUCUGAAAGACUCGCAGCGCGUCCGAAGACGCGCCGGCUGCGACGCUCGCGCUGAUAAAGACUUCGUCUCAGCGGCGGCCUCGGGUCACGUCCCCGCCGCGCCCCCUCGGCCGAGUUCCUCGCCGACAGAAUCCUCCGUCGGGCCUGGAGAGGAGUCUCGCGUGGCGCACGGCCCCCCCGAACAGCCCGCGGCCGAUCAAUUCUCGGCGUUGCGAGGUAGAAGCGACGUCUCUCCCUCCGAUGUCUCCACGUGGUCCCCUCCGUCUCCUCGCGGAGACCGGGAUGCUUCUCACGACCCCGUCCACGCGCCCUCAAGGCAGUGGGGGGGGGGCGGCCGCUGCGCGACCCCGGGAUCUGGGGAUCAGGGGACGGGUGUGGGCGGCGGGCACCACCACCCCGGGGCCGCUCCGAGCGUCCCCGGGGACGCCGCUGCACCCUCCGCCCAGGGGACGGCGAGCUCCGAGCAGAUUCUGCAGAGGGACUUUCAGCCUCUGCGCGCCGCCGCCAGCGUGGACACGUUACUGGGGGAGCACGCGGAGUCGGAUAAAGGCGGUAAAAGGGAGGAGGCGGCGGCCGGCGAGGCGGACAUGAGGAAGUCGGCCGCGUCCAAGAACCAGCGGCGAAACCGCCGUCGCGGCGAGCGGUUCGCCACCAACCUCCGCAACGAGAUCCAGAGGAAGAAGGCCCAGCUUCAGAGGAGCCGGGGGCCGGGGGGGCUGCUCUGCAGCGGGGAAACCGUCCAGGAGGAGGAGGGUCCGGACCUCAGCGAGGAGGGGGCGGAGCUUAAACUGCCUCCCCGGCAGAGGAGCGCCCCGAUUGCAUUCGCCUCACCUGCCGGCCCCCCCGACCGAGCACAGGACCCCGAGACGGCGAGGACCUGGAGGGACUCCAACGAGGACGUCUCGCGGACCUGGGCGCCGACCCGCGCUCCAAACCCCGCCCCCUGCAGGUCCGUCCAGAUCCUGGACCCGGGGCUGCCGACUCGGCGCGGCGUCGCGUCGGGAGGGGAGGACGCCGCUGGUUUUUCCGAAAGAACCGAAGACUCCCGACAAGCCGCGCGGCCUCCCCCGGCGUCCCCACCCGGCCUCCCCCGGGAUGAGGCCCCGAGGUCGGCCUUUCAUCCCGUCAACGCGCCGGCCCGCCUCCGCGAGGACCAGCAGCCCCUCCACCCGGGUCACAGGGCGAGGAGCUACACCCAGACGGAGAUGCAUCCCGCCCGGCAACAGGAAACGGCCAAGCUCAACAGGAAGUGCAGCCUGACGGAGAGGGACUCCAGCUGGAGGCGGGAGUCCAGACCCCCAGAGCACCACCAUCAUCAGCACCACCACCAGGGUCCCCGGGGCCGCAGACAGGCCGAUGACGAUCGCAGCGCGCACUCGUCUGCUCCGCCUCCGGCGCCUCUCUCGCUGCGAGGGCGGGCCAUGUCCGAAAACGACCUCCGUUUUGCCAGCGGCGGCGGCGGCGGCCACCGCUGGCCGUCCGUGCCCGUGGCGACCAGCCAGACCCUGAGCGAGGUGGAGGAAGGAGUGGGCGGAGUCGGGGGAGUAGAAGCCGCCCGCGCGAACAGAAAGAAGACGCCGCCUCCGCCGAGACCGCCGCCGCCGAAGUGGGAGCAGUUCCACCGGCGGCGUGCGUCUCACCACGCCUUGUUCGCCUCCUCUCCUCCGCCCGGCUCCACCCCUCCCUCCAUGGACGCCGCAGAGUCACGCCCCCGCUCCUCCUCGUGCGUCCCUCCACCCGAGACUUCCCGACUGAGGUCCUACAGCCUUCCGCCGGAGAGAUGGGAAGUGGCCGAGGGAUGCCCGCGAUGCAGCUGCAGCCGAACCAGGGAACUGCCCCACGCCUCGUCCAAUCAGAAUCCACCACUGAUGCAGGAACAACACUUCAGCCACGCCUCGUCCAAUCAGAAUCCACCACUGAUGCAGGAACAACACUUCAGCCACGCCUCGUCCAAUCAGGAUCCACCACUGAUGCAGGAACAACACUUCAGCCACGCCUCGUCCAAUCAGAAUCCACCACUGAUGCAGGAACAACACUUCAGCCACGCCUCGUCCAAUCAGGAUCCACCACUGAUGCAGGAACAACACUUCAGCCACGCCUCGUCCAAUCAGGAUCCACCACUGAUGCAGGAACAACACUACAGCCACGUCUCGUCCAAUCAGAAUCCACCACUGAUGCAGGAACAACACUACAGCCACGCCUCGUCCAAUCAGAUGCAAGCACGGAUGCAGGAACAACGGUUUAGCGAUGUCUCGUCCAAUCGGACGCAAGCACAGAUGCCGGAACAACACUUUAGCCACGCCUCGUCCAAUCAGAAUCCACCACUGAUGCAGGAACAACACUACAGCCACGCCUCGUCCAAUCAGGAUCCACCACUGAUGCAGGAACAACACUACAGCCGCGCCUCAUCUAAUCAGAACACCACUGAUGCAGUAACAACACUACAGCUACGCCUCAUCCAAUCAGAAUCAAGCCUCAACCCCUGGAGGUGGCGUUUCACCGUUGCUCCGCCCAGUCCCAUGUUCUCCAGGAGGAGCUUCAGGCCCGUAGCUCCGCCCCCAAAAGAGAGGGACCAGAAGGGCAUGUAUGGCGAACAGCAGGAGAGGGUGGAGGUCCGGCUUCCUCCGCCUCCCGCUCCACCAGCAGAGAUCAGCGUGAGCAGCUCAUCCGAGGGGAGGGUCCAGGACAGGGUGACGGCGAAACCGGAGGUGAGACCAGGAGCCGAGUGGGACAGAGCCGCGUCCCCCAGAGUUCAUAGCGACCCAAGCGGAGGCGUCUUACUCCAGUCUUACCUCUCCAUGGACCACGAGCAGCGGCAGCUCCGUGCUACAGGGGGCUUCCAGAGCAUCGGCGAGCCCCAGAAGACCCCCGAACCGGGGACGGAGUCGGAGACGACCCUUAGUCCGAGCCCCGCCCACAGCCUGGACGCGGACCUGGACGUCCCCAUGGAGACGGACAUCGACGACUUCCAGGAGCACGAGGACGGACCGCCGGCGAAGGACGGGCCGAUCACCAGCGAGCUGCCUUGCUUCGCGCUGCCGGUGACGGUGCUGGAGACGGACAUCGACACAGAGGCCUCGCCGCCGGGCUCGCUGGAGGGGGAGGGGCUGGAGGAGGAGCUGGAGGAGGAGGAGGAGCUCCGGGCCGGAGAAGCAGAGAGGCUGAGCCUGGAGGAGCUCUUCCCCCAGAGCUGUGAGGGGGAGCCGGGGAGGGAGAGCUGGAGGGGGGCCUACCGAACCACGGAGCACAACGCCGACAGCUUGGACAGGCGGUCCGGUGCAAGCUCCAGCUGUUCGUCCUACUACAGCACGUCGGCCGCCAAAGCUCAGCUGCUCUCUCAGAUGAAGGACUUCACCGACAACAACAGGGAGGAGGACGACGAGCUGACCUACAAGAAGCAGCUGAUGGAGAGCCUCCGCAAGAAGCUGGGAGUUCUGAGAGAGGCUCAGAGGGGACUGCAGGAGGACAUCAGAGCCAACGCACAGCUGGGGGAGGAGGUGGAGAGCAUGGUGGUGGCCGUGUGCAAACCCAACGAGGUGGACAAGUUCCGCAUGUUCAUCGGCGACCUGGACAAAGUGGUGAGCUUGUUGCUGUCGCUGUCCAGCAGGCUGCUGAGGGUGGAGGCCGCCCUGGAGACGCUGCACCCCGACGCGGAGCUUCACGACAGGCUCCCCCUGCAGGAGAAGAAGCAUCAGCUCAUGAGGCAGCUGUCCGAGGCCCAGGACCUGAAGGACCACGUGGACCGCCGAGAGCAGGCCGUCAGCCGGGUGCUGGCCCGCUGCCUCUCCCCCGAGCUCCACCGGGACUACAGCCACUUUGUGAAGAUGAAGGCCGCCCUGCUGGUGGAGCAGAGGCAGCUGGAGGACAAGACCCGGCUGGGGGAGGAGCAGCUGAGGGGGCUGAGGGAGAGCCUGGGCCUGGGGCUCGGGAUCGGCAUGGGAAUGUCGAUGGGAUACGGACAUUACUGAGGAAAAAUAUACAUGAACCCCCCCUCAACCCCCCCCGGAGGAGAUGAAGACGCAAGAGGAUGAAGAAAGAGAAAGCAAACGCGCACGAUUCUUAAAGGAACAGUUUGAUAUUUUGAAGCUCCACCGCCGACCUCAGAAUCCAAGAUGGCUGCCCAGCGCGUCAGCAGUAAAAAAGCUGUAAUGAUGCUCUGUUUGUUUACACCAGUCAGACCUACAGUGGCUAACAGUGCCUAGCAGUAGCUGUCAGUGGCUAACAUUGUAUUUUCAGCUCACAUCUCCUCACGGAACGCGGCCUUCGGGCUAAGCUAAGCUAACCGUGUCUCCCAGCCUCGCCAAAAUGUCAAACUGUUCUUUUACGGGUUAACAGAGAUCCAGAAGUUUGUUUUGACAGAACAUAAAAGACAAAAGAAGAAGACGACGACGACAGAACUCUUAAAACACUAAAAAUACACUAAAAACGAGCCGACAACUUGUGAAUAUUAAUAAACGCUCCUUACACGCAUACGCAAUGUGUGUCAAUGGCACUAUCCUUCCUCCAACGCUACGUUGCCAAAGACCUUUUCUCUCUCCAACGUGUCGCCGAGACGCUGCUUUAUUUUGCUGUUUAUUUUUUUGUUUAGUAUUUAAAUCUCCGGGUUCAGAGAAUCGAAGGAGACUUUUUUCUUCCGGUGCGCCGCGCUGAAGAAAGACAUUAGCGACACUUUCGUCAAUUUAUGAAGAUGCAGUAUAAGUAACUGGUAUUAUUUUUUGUAUUGCCACCUGCUUACAGCAACAUCUAUAGUGUAUUAUCUCCUGUAAUACUAUGAUACUUUGUACUCCCCAUGGGGGGUUUGAGACCCCACCGACUCCCCUGUUUUGUACAGAAGACACUGGUGUUUAUAAUGUAGACAGUGUGUAUAUACUGCUGUUGUUCCUUUGAAUGACUGGAAUAGUUUGUAAAAAUUAGUUGGAAAAGACGAACCAGAAGGCGGAGAUGAGUCGGCGUUUACUGUAUAUUUUGUGGGGUUUUGUCAUCUUUUUAAAGGUUUAUCCUCCCCGACUCUUCACCUCGUCCCACCUCACGUUUAAAGUGGGUUUUCUAGCUGAGAUUAAGAAGCCGACAGUCCGCUAGCGUAGUUUAGCAUGAAGACUGGAAUUCUGUCCACAGAAACAUCGCUGUGUUUCCCGGUCUUCGCGCUAAGCUAACGUAGCUUCAUGUUCAGCGUAGAUUUGAGAGUGUAUCCAUCUUCUGAGCAAUAAGUCAUUCUCUAUUGCUUUAAGAUUUGAUUCCAUUAUGUUUAUUUCGUUUGUUAAAAGUUCCACAAAUCUGUUUUUCCACAUCUGUGCCUUCCUUUACGAGCUUUGACCUGUAAGCUAAGACGCUCCGGCUGCCUUUGGAAAUCAACAAGAAAUAGGGGAAUGGGGGUAUAUUUGGGCAGAUGAAGUUAAGUGGAAAAAACACAUUAGUUUCAACAAAUCUGCAUCUUAAAGUUUAUUGAAAGUUGUAGUUUGUUCUCCGAUAUAUUCCUGCUGUUUUAACGCAGAACAAACCCAGAAUAUACUCUUUGCAUUCCACGUGUAUUCUUCUGAACCGACCGGAAACAUAUCGACUCGACGAGAGAGGAAAGAACGUUGCUUGUUGAGAUUAUUAUCUUCUGUUUUUUUGUGUGUUUGUAAAAUGCAUUACGACUUGUCUAACUGCAGAAACACUCACGUGAGAAAAGAAAAGUACCAUAAAUAAUAAUAAUAGUGUUUUAAACUAGCUUCACGUCUCCUGUUGUGAUUGACAUCUACUGUGGGUGAAGACGUAUCAAGCGCAUAGACAUUUCAUUAUUUUUUUAAGCGUCUCACAGCGAGAAAAAUGUUUUUCCUUCCACUUUUAAAUUUUAAUUGUAGGAAGAAAGACAUGCAGCUGCAAAUAUUUACUACAUUACAAGAAACUGACGUUUCCCCAG